GAGUAAGUCGAAACCUACAAAUUAGAUCAUGAUUUACGGCAUGCUGGUGACACUCUCGACGGCAAUCUAUACUACGGUGGCCACCCUUUGGCAGGUUCAACAGACCCUAAUCAAUUGGAUGAUGUCGUUUAGUCUUUUCAUUUUGGGUCUGUUCUGCAAGCCGUAUUUGAUAGUUCCCCUGUUGGCAGCUGGGUUCUUCAUGGUGCGACGGAUCUUGCUGCGAAGAGCAAUGCGGACCCAAGUCUGGAAAUCGCCGGGUAACAACGAGUCUGGGUCGUCGAGGCAUUACUCCAUUAAAACCCCACCAUCACGCGACACGGAGAGCUCCCUGCCCAAUAGCGUCGGUGACACAUCCCAGAAGUAGUCGAGCAACGGAUAAUCACACGAUUCACACUGGUUUAUAAAACAUAACAGACGUCUGAAAUACUACAUACACAUUCCAGGAGAACACUCAUACAUGUGCACGGGUGUGGAUGGAUCCUAAGACUAAAGCAAUUAAAAAAUACUGCACUGUACCAUCGUUUCAUCCAAAA